AGCGCGUCACUUCCGCCAGUUGCCGCCGCUACCGUUGGGGACCCCCCGCUCGCGGAGGCGCGCUCGAGCGACCGAGCGGCUCUGGGGACGGACGGCGCCCGGGUCCGGGCAGCGCGGCGGCCGCGGCAGACGGCGGGGGCGGCCGAGGGAGGAGGCCUGCGAGGGGAGCGGAGCGGCGAGGAGAGGCCCGCGCCGGCCCCCGGGGUAGGAAGAGGCGGAGGAACCUGCUGCUGGUGCUGAGGACGGCGGGGAGGGCGAGUCACCCGGCAACGAUUAACUGCUGAAGUACUGAUCGAGUUCUGCUAUUCUUCAAUGAGGAACUACAGGCUGAUCUUUUGCCAUAAUCUUAAACAACCAUAAAUGACAAAAGAAUGCUUGGUCAGUGAGGGCAGCUGGCGCAGAAAACGUUUUUCAAACUCGGCUGUUUAAGUACUCUGAGAAAAGACAGCUUUGAUUUUUUGGCUGCAAAAAGAUAUGAGGAAGAGCUCCUCCCCUUCCUUGAGUAACUGCAACUCUGUUCUUGCUAACAAAAUAUUUGGAAUUCCACUUGAUGAGCUGCAGCAAGAAGGGCAACCAGACAAUGAGGUUCCAUUCAUAGUCCGCCAUGUUGUGGACUAUAUUGAGGAACAUGGGGGUCUGGAACAAGAAGGACUUUUUCAAGUCAAUGGGAAUGCUGAGACAGUGGAGUGGCUUCGGCAGCGAUAUGAUAAUGGAGAAGAUGUGGAUCUGGUUAAAGAAGCAGAUGUACCCUCAGCUAUUAGCCUUCUUAGAUUUUUUCUUCAAGAACUUCCAGAGCCAGUUAUCCCAGGCAGUUUGCACAUACAUUUGAUGCAACUUUCUCAAGAUUAUAAUAAUGAAGAUGAAUUUGGAAGAAAGUUGAGGUUCCUCUUGCAGCAGCUUCCACCUGUUAAUUACAGUUUGUUAAAGUUUCUGUGUAAAUUUUUAGCUAAUGUAGCAUCGCAUCAUGAAGAAAUUUGGUCAGCAAGUUCUUUAGCUGCAGUCUUUGGCCCAGAUGUUUUUCACAUUUACACAGAUGUGGAGGAUCUGAAAGAACAAGAAAUAGUUAGCAGAAUAAUGGCGGGACUUCUGGAGAACUACUAUGAAUUCUUUGAAAAUGAAGAGGAAGAUUUUUCAUCUACUAACGAUUUAAGCUCAAUAACUGAGCAGAUCAAUGACCUCUUGGAAGAGGAGGAAGAUGUAAAGCUUGAACAGUCUGAAGAACUUCCAGAAGAUGGCACAGAGAAACCUGUUGAAAGGCCAGCUGUGGUGCAUCUAGAUAUGACAGGGAGUCUCUCGGAUUCCAGGAGCGUUACAGCAUCAACAAGUGCUCAUAUCUCUCCCAUAAGUAUCUUGCCAGCCUCUGCAGACAUUUUAGAAAGAACAAUAAGAGCAGCUGUGGAACAGCAUCUUUUCGACCUGCAGAGCAGCUUAGAUAACGAUCUUAAACAUAUACAGCAACACAGACUGGGCUGUAACAAUGAAGCAAAAAAUCCCAGUGGGGAUGAGGAAGGAUCUAACAACCAGAAUGAUGUUAUUGAAGAUAAUGACACUGGUAGCAGUGAGAAUACAGGAGACUGCUCUGAAGUAUUGGUUUGCAAUGAUUUAGGCAGUGAAACUAUGAAGCAUGAUACUGUAACUGAGGAAGAAGAAAGUGUUCAGGUACCAGCCCUUCCUUCUGCUCAGACUGCAGACGUAUUAUUGAAACCAUGUGAUGAAGCUGCGGAUGUUGGUGGAGAAGAUAAUAGUGAAGGGCAAAAUAGUAUAUUGCUUGGGGGCAAUGAUAGAAUAUCUUCAGAGAUGUUUCUGGAUUCAAGUAGCAAGACUUGUGAUCUUAAUGCAAAUACUGAUUCAGAGGUGUCAGGGGAUGGCAACAUUAAUGUUUCUGAGGAGGCUCUGGGUGUGCAAGUACCGCGUCUAGAUCUGAAGAAUGUAUCUGAUGGUGACAAAUGGGAAGCGCCAUGCCCUAUCACUUUUCCCCUCAUUGAUUUCAAAACAAUGCAUCUGCAGAGAGAAGGGGAGGAUCCAUUUCCUGCUUUUAAAUCUUGGCAGGAAGACAGUGAGUCUGGAGAAGCUCAGCUUUCCCCCCAGGCUGGAAGGAUGACUAAUCAUCCAUUGGAAGAGGACUGUCAUCCAAUACUGUCACAUCGUAGUUUGGAUUUUGGGCAAAGCCAGCGCUUCUUACAUGAUCCAGAAACGUUAGAUUCUUCAUCCAAAGCACUUUCUUUUGUUAGAACACGAAGAGCAUCCUUCAGCUCAAAAGAUGACAAAAGGGAAGACAAGACACCUUAUCAGCUUGUCAAGAAAUUACAGAAAAAAAUAAAGCAAUUUGAGGAACAGUUUGAGAAGAGAAAAACAGUAAGGUAACCCUCCUACAGUGAUAUUGCAGCCAAUCCAAAAGUUUUAAAAUGGAUGACUGAACUUAAAUUGAGAAAGCAAAUAAAAGAUGCGAAGCAGAGGAGCUCAGACGGAGAAUUCAUACCUCAAACACGUCCACGAAGUAACACUCUUCCAAAAAGCUUUGGUUCCUCUCUUGACCAAGAGGAUGAAGAAAACGGAGAUGAGAUGCGGGUUGUGCAGAAGGAGAAGAAGCCUACCAAGGAAGCUACACUUGAACUCAUUUUGAAAAGAUUAAAGGAAAAACGAGUUGAGAGAUGUUUGCCAGAAGAUAUAAAAAAAAUGACAAAGGACCAUUUGGUAGAAGAGAAAACGUCUCUCCAGAAAAGCCUUCUGUAUUAUGAAAGUCAACAUGGACGGCCGGUUACUAGAGAAGAAAGACAUAUUGUGAAGCCACUUUAUGACAGAUACAGACUUGUAAAACAAAUGUUAACUAGAGCAAGCAUUACUCCUAUUCUUGGGUCACCAUCAACGAAGAGGCGAGGGCAGAUGUUACAGCCCAUUAUUGAAGGUGAAACUGCCCAUUUUUUUGAAGAAAUUAAGGAAGAAGAGGAGGAAAGUGAUGGUUUGUCUACAGACCUGAAUGAUAUCUUAAAAACCGCUGUCCAAACGCAGUCUGUUUUAAGCCCAGUUGAAAACUCCGAGUCUGAUGUUGAAGAUGGUCAAGAGAAACUGACCCGGGACCUUAGGCUGUCAAGCACCCGCGCUGCUUCUAUGCCUGAAUUAUUGGAGCAACUGUGGAAAGCCAGAGCUGAGAAAAAGAAGCUACGCAAGACAUUACGAGAAUUUGAAGAGGAGUUUUAUCAGCAGAAUGGAAGGAACGUACAGAAAGAAGAUCGAGUACCAAUGCUUGAUGAGUACAGGGAGUACAAGAAAAUCAAAGCCAAACUUCGGCUGUUAGAAGUCCUUAUCAGCAAACAAGAUUCUUCAAAGUCAAUUUAAAUUAUAUUCCUCCAGCCCAUUGAAUAACGUGAUAUUUCCGUAUGCUACCACUGUACUUAUUGGGUGCUUGUGUUCAUUUGUCAUGCACUGUUGAAAGAAUCCAGUUUGUGCACUUUAUUGGGGUGCCACUAUAACGUAUUUGAAGGGUAAGUAGGUCCUGUCUAGAGAGCAAGUAAGAUUUCUAAGUCCGAGACUGCUCUAUCCAACUUUAGCAAACACAGUUUCCAUCAAAGUUUUGUAUUGCAGAUGCAUCCAUCUUGUUCCAAAACAACCAUAGGGUUUUUUUUUCUUUAGCAUUCAAGAACUUGGAGACUUUUGUUAUUACCAACUUUUUGCAUUAUUGAAGAAAUUAUUAAUACCAUAAUGCUACACUGAACUACUUCUCUUGCCUAUUUUUUAUUAUGAGGAAAAAAAGUCAGCAAAUUAAAUGUACAUCUCUUUUUCCUGGAACACUUAAAAAAAACAGACUGAAAUUCUUUUCAAAGGACUGCUGUGGAACAACUUUAAUUUUUGGUAUUUUAAAUUGCACCUAUAACACAGUAAUAAUUAACAUCUAUGGAUUUUGCUCAUUAGUGGUCACAUUUUCUCCUUGAUAAAGAUGACGGUGGACAAACCAGAAAGUGACCUUGCUUAGUGUCUUUUAAAACUUGGAAAACUGAAAAGUUAUAUCACAUGUUGCCUAUAGGACUUAUGUUACUCUUGUUCAUUUUGUCAUUUUAUCGGUUAUUGUUUAUCAACUAGUGGUGACAUAGUGUUUUGUCUGAAUUGGAUACUGCAUCUCCACUUUCGGAAGAUUUGAGGAACAUAAUGAACAUCUCAGUGUAUGGGAAAUCUGAUGGCGCUCAGACCUGUGUAGCUUCAGCAGAAAAGAGCUGGCUUAAGACAGUCAAAAUUCCACUGUACCUGAAAUAAAUAUGGUAUCAAGGGCUAAAAUCAGUGUAGUUAAUGCGCACCACAGGGUGAACUGUCGGUUUUGGUUGAAAAAAUUACUGCUGUUUAUCACAAUUUUGUUUUACAGUUGGAGAAUAAAAAUAAGUUAUCUAACUCUUACGAUGUAAGCAAAACAGUUUAUGGGCCUUGCAUGAUUUAGCUUCAGAGUUGAAACUAAAAAAAUGUUUUGAGUAUCACAUCUGCUGUGCUGAAUGAUGAUUUAGCUACUAGCUUUAUGCUCUGCAACAGCCGUCAGCAGCUGGUUUUGAUCUGGCAAAAUCUAAGUGUUAAUUUUAACUGGUGCUUUCUCAAUUUUAUUUUUUUUUCUUCAAUGUAUCAGUUUGAUUGUGGCCAUGUUUUGCAUGCACCUACUCUCACUGCAUGUUUUUAUGACUGGCUAAUGUCAACAUAGCUGUUGUUCACACUGCUUUAUGAAAGACCAAAAAUGAACUUUCUCACAAUGAAGAAACGGCUAGCAUGUAACCUCAUAGACUUGCUGUUCUGUCAUGAAACAUAUGACAUAGGUUGAAAGUAGGAUUUUUAGUGCUCAGAUUUCAUCUGUGUACUGUAGAAUACUUCUUGUUUUGUUUUACUCUGCUUGUAGGCAUGUAAUUUUGGAAUUCAGAAGAAAAAAAAAAAGCACUAAAACUAUUGAGCACUGGUGGUAUGCCUUUUUUUUUUUUUUUUUUAAACUGCAAAAUGAUCUGGGACCUUAGAGAAUUAUGAGGUUAAACUAGUCUUGAGACCAUAUGUCAAUUUUAUUCAGUUCCAUUGUGCAAUGUACACUUCAGUUACUUUUCUAUCAGUCUGCAGACACGGGUGUAUCCAAACAUUGAAACUAAUGUGUACUGUAUAGUGUUGUACAUGAAUGUUUGUGUUUUAUAUACCACAUGCAAAAUGUCAAUAUGCACUAUUUAAAUGUUUUAAAUAAUAUAUUCCUCCUUUAUAAUGCUUAAAUCUAUAUGAUUCCAAUAUUUUUAUAAGUGAGUGAGUGAUCAGACUGGUUCCAAUUCAGAAUUAACAGCUGCUUUGUGUUUGUUAUGCAGUGUUUGGCUGUUUAUUCAGUAUAGUAGAUAAGCAUGGCAACAGUUAUGCCGAGUGUGUUUUGUGCCAUCCUUGUUGAGCAAUAAAUAAAUGGUAGAACUAGGCAUUUUGUGAUAUAACAGUUUUACUUUGGUAAAAGCAAAACCUAUAUAUCUAUAUGGAUAUAUAGAUAUGGUAUAUAUAUAACUAAACCAGAUAUAAUUGCAUUGCUAUGUCUGGUGCUCAUUGUAUAGACUUUUAUAAUAAAAGUACCUUAACAUUUAUUGUCAUA